AGAUCCCCCUGUACUUUGUGGACUUGCAGGAUGACUUAGACGACUAGUUAUAGUGACAGGAUGACAUGUUGAAUGGAGAGUCGUAAAUAUCGGGACUGCCCGGAGAACGGAUUCUUAAUGAAAAUGCUUGCUGGGAUGGACGUGCUGGAACAUUCUGCCUACAGCUUCAGCUCUGCUCAUGUCUGAGCCAAUAAAGUUGUCUGGCUUUAGGAUCAAAGGAAAAUAAAUCUUGUUCUUUGCAGAAUGGAUACACCCUCACUGAAAACAUCUUCGUAUCUUCGUUUUGGUUGUGAGAACUCAGAACCAUGUUGACUUGGCUGAAUGGUAGAAAUGAGAUGUUUAUAUGAGUUACUGAAGUGGAGGUUUGAAUUUGGGAUUCUUCCCUGUGAGAUGGAUUUGAAGAUUGUGGUCCAGACUGUGACAACAGGAGGGUCAUGGCUCUUUUGGAUAUCCCUGACCACGAUAACCUGCCCCUGCUCACUCGCUUGGAAAAGCACGCAUUCAGCGAGAAUGUCUUCAGCCGUCAGAUUGUCGCCAGAGGACUACUGGAUGUCUUCCGGGAUGUCAGCCACAGUGACAAGGACAUACUGGCAGUCAUGGAGGUGGCAGUCCGACUGUCAGAAGAUGCAGAGCCCACAGUGCGAACUGAGCUGAUGGAGCAGAUCCCGCCCAUCGUCGCUUUCUUACAAGAAAGCAGGUUGGAUUUUCCUGUGGUGGUCUCCCAGUACCUCGUGCCUGUUAUAGUGCGGUACCUCGUGGAUCCAGACAAGCAGGUCAGAAAAUCCAGCCAGGAAGUGCUGCUGGCUCUUGUGGAGCAAGGUCUAAUUUCCCAGUGCGACAUGGAAGGCAAAGUGUGUCCCAUUCUGCUGGAGCGCUCCGCUCCGGACUGCGAUGAUGAAUGCAGAGCAGAGGCCGUGAGUCACUCCCCUGUGUUGGCCUGUGCAGAUGAGACUGUGUGCUUGACCCUUUCUGGGAGUUCCAGUUCAGAGCUUCAGGACUGGUCUGGCCUGGAUGAUGAAUGCCGGAUAAUCUGCAGAAUGGCGUCCAUGCUGAAGAAGAACACAGUUAAGCGCCUGUUGCUGCCUCGGUUCUGUGAACUGUGUAAUGAUGGGAAACUCUUCCAAGUUCGAAAGGUAUGCGCCACGCAUUUUGGUGAUAUUUGUCAUGCUGUCGGACAAGAAGCCACCGAGCAAUUUUUGAUACCAACAUUUUUUGAACUCUGCUCCGAUAACAUGUGGGGGAUGCGGAAAGCAUGCGCAGAGUGCUUCAUGGCUGUGUCCUGCAACACCUCCCCUGAAGUCCGCAGGGCCCAGCUCUCACCCCUCUUCAUCAGACUCAUCAGUGAUCCCUGUCGAUGGGUGCGCCAAGCUGCCUUUCAGUCACUCGGCCCCUUUAUCUCCACGUUUGCAAACCCACCCCGAGCUGGCCUGUCCAUUCGAGAGGAUGGCACCCUGGGCAUCAGGCCACCGAGCCAAGAGGUGGACUCUGGGUUUGCCUCUGGACCACCCAGGCCCACUGGUUGCAGUGCCAACUCCUCAAACAGUCCUAAAACAGCAGUGCAUGUGGAGCCAGACCUGCUUCCAGAAGAGGCCUCGGUUGGGACCGGCCACCAGCACUGCAGCAGCUCCUCCGCAGACACGGCAGAGAGCCAGCCAGGGAGCUCUUCUCCAACCUUAGCUGAGAGGACUGGGACUUUCCCAGGCAACAGCCCCUUCCCAGAGCUCCCAGGGGUCAGUGGCUGCCUCAGCAACAGUGACCAUGAAGCAGGUCCAGGGACUUUCGAGGACACUUUCAGUACUUUCCUAUAUUGGCGAACUCCUCUGCCUGACAUAAGCAAAGAAAUGGAGGUGCUUCUGAGUGGGACUGGGCCCUUGGAAGAGAGCCACAGUGGACCUGAGGCUGCGUGUGACAGCUGUGUGGCCAGGAGCAAGAUCCAGAAAGUCCUACAGAGUCUGCAGGGGCAUUUGCUGCAGGACCCAGACAUUCAAGCUCAAGUUCAGGUAUUAUCUGCCGCACUGAGAGCAACACAGCUCGACUCAACUCGUGAACCCAAGAGAAGGCAGACAGAAGGUCUAAACGAAGAGCCCGUUUCAGAUCUCAGCCCUGUCUUUGACAAUCAUAUCCUCCUGUCGGCUUCAUCAUCUCAGAAUGAGCUCUCCGUGGCCAGGAUAUUACAGAGCACAGAUCAAACUGAACCUCAGAAUAGAAGCAGUGAGCACCUGGAGACGGAGCAGAGGCAGGAACCUACCGCACUUGAGGAGAAUAGAUCUAAAGUACAGGAUAUAAUCCCUCAGCCUCUGCUUGACCAGUUUGUGUCCAUGACUGACCCAGCUAGAGCCCAGACCGUGGACACUGACAUCGCCAAGCACUGUGCCUACAGCCUCCCUGGGGUGGCCCUGACCCUCGGCCGGCAGAACUGGCACUGCUUGAAGGACACAUAUGAAACUCUGGCUUCUGAUGGUCAGUGGAAGGUCCGGCGGACCCUUGCCUUUUCCAUUCAUGAGCUGGCAGUGAUUCUCGGGGAUCAGUUGACAGCAGCCUACCUGGUGCCCAUCUUCAGUGGGUUUUUAAAGGAUCUGGAUGAAGUGCGUGUAGGAGUCCUUAAACACCUGUAUGACUUCCUAAAGCUGCUCCACGAGGACAGGAGGAGAGAGCACCUCCGCCAGCUGCAGGAGUUUGUAGUGACGGACAGCAGCAGGAACUGGAGGUUCCGAUACGAGCUAGCAGAGCAGCUGAUCCUCAUCUUGGAACUCUACAGCGCCAGCGACGUUCAUGGUUACCUGAGGCACAUCGCCCUGAAGUUAUGUGCAGACAAAGUUUCUCAAGUGCGCUGGAUUUCCUUCAAGCUAGUGGUGGCCAUGCUGCGGAAGUUCUCCUCCCACGGCGCGGGCGCUCUGGGGCUCAGUCUCAUCCAGGAGCUCAUCUCCAGGUUCCGGCACUGCCCGAAGUGGGUGGGGAGGCAGGCUUUUGUCUGCAUCUGUCAGGCUGUGGUCAAUGAAGAGUCUGUUCCUGUGGACCAGUUUGUGCAGCACUUGCUUCCCAGCCUCCUGAGUCUGGCAUCGGAUCCUGUGCCAAAUGUGAGGGUUCGGCUGGCCAAGGCCCUGCGGCAGACACUGCUGGAGAAGGCAUAUUUUAGAAAUGCCGGGAACCAUCAUCUUGAAGUUGUUGAAGAGACUCUCUUGGCUCUGCAGUCUGACCCGGACCAAGAUGUUUCAUUUUUUGCUUCCCUAGAAUCAAAGAUACAGACUGCUAUAGACACCACUAUACUGGAAAAGUAAAACCACACACAACCUUGUCACGGGUGCACAAGGAUGGCUUCAGUGUACAUAUGUCUUGUCACUUGAAGGGGAUCCAUUCGUAUUGGAGCUUCUGGAGGAGGCCUAUUUCAGGUGACAGGACAGCCCUGUGCUUCCUACCCGUGCACUCUUGAUCUUUUGCAGCUUAGAAAGGUUGUGGAUCUAGGCAGCAAUUACUCCCUGGCUUCCGCACCAUCAGCUGUGACCAGCAGUUUGUGUUUUAGAAGAGACUGUGUUACUUAACUCCCCCCCCCCCACCAUGGUAUAAUUUGUUCAUAUCUGUAACCCCAGCACCUAAGAGGCUGGGACAGGAAGAUCAAGAGUUCAAGGUCAAUCUAAAGAAUUCCAGGCCUGCCUAUCCGAGGAAACCCUAUCCAAGGAAACUAAGCAUAAAUACAGCUUCCCUUGCCAAUAAAGUAAUUUAAUAGAA